CAAAAUAAGUUUGUAAGUUCGUCUUCGCUGAUUCAUGUGUCGAUAAAGUAAACAAAUAAAUAGUAAUUCGCAUCGCCUUCACUGUUCAUUUUGCAUACACUGUAGUCUCGACUAUGACGGUAAAGACACGAUUACAUCAUGAAUAUAAAUAAGUACUUAAUAAUUUUUAAAUUGUUAUUAUUUUCUGGUUGUUUGUGUGAAAUAAGCGAGGGUGAAAAAGAGAAACUUUUGAAUGGCUUCCUAGAACAUUAUAAUAGUUUACCUGAUCAAAUAUACCAGAGCAAUGAAGGAUCUUUGCAAAGUACGCAGCAAGUGGAUGACACCACAUAUGAAAUAGUAGUCAAGUUAACUGCCAAAGAGAUUCAGAAUGCUGAAGUAACAAAGUCUCUGACUUGUACUGCUACUCUCAAGGACUCUGAUGAUCAUGUCCGUGUCACACAUAGUCAUUGUCAAUAUCCUGGUCAGGAGGACUCCAGCCAGGAGAAGGCUUCGGAAGGUCAGGCGGAAGUGACUGAACCUGUUCUUGAGAGGAGGCCUGUCCAGUUAGACAAUGAAGUGCAGUCUGAUACAGCUAUAUCAUCAGGUGAACAGUUUAUAGCGAUACCUCGGGAUCAACCGAGUGUACCAUGCUUUGGGUGUGCCACGCACGUGAACCCACAGGCUGCUGGAGUCAGCGAGCUCGCUAGCCUCGGUCUGAGGCACCUCGACAUCCAUCAACCCUCUACGAAACACACCCUGGAUCGAGUAUUAGAUGUAGAGAGACAAGUCCAAGUGGUAAACGGAGUGCGAUAUAUUUUAACUAUGUCAGUUAAUUUUAACAACUGUUCGGAUACCCAACCUGAAAACUGUAUGUCCUCUAACAUUUGCAAGAUAACGUUUCUAGUUAAACCAUGGGUAAAACUAUCCAAUGGUGCAAAUUAUAGAGCAAUAUUAGGAAACAAUUGUACAGAAGAAUGGCUGUAUGGUGACAAUGGCGAAGUUCUACCAGAAUCCGUUGAUAACCAAGCACAUGAUAAAGAUGAAGGAAAUAAAGGAAAUGAUGGAGGCGACAUACAAGUGAAACAUCAUACGGAUGUUCAAUCUCAACCAAACAUGGAAAAAACACUAACAGAUGAAGAGAUAAAAAAUCUAGAAGAACAAAUAAUUCCGAAUAAUCAAUUUCAAGAAAACUAUCAACCUUCUUCUACCAUGUCUCCUGAUUCCCCCGAGGUAAAUAAGGAACAUGUUUUUAAAGCUGAAUCCAGUAAACGUAACGAGAAUUCAAUUCCUGUUACCGAACAAAAUCUGAACAUUAAUUCAGAUAAAAAGAAAGCUAUAGACGACCUGUUGAACUUUUUUGACUUUUCCGGAUUUAAACUGAAGACGGAAAGUACAGACACCGUGCCAAGGAUAAGGAGAAGUUAUGAUUAUGAUUUGCAACUACUUACACUUGCAGAAGAUUAUCAUGGAAUUAAAAAUAGUAUAGAAAAUGCACGUUUUAUAUACGGCUUAGCUCAAACUAUGGUGAACUAUUUAAAUGAAAUGGAUUUGGAAGUGAAAAAUAGAGUCGUUAAAAGCGUAAUUAAAGCGGAAGAAGAAGCUGACAGUCUACAGCGCUAUAUAUACGUACAGGCUAGUGUUACAAUACCAUGUGAUAAAGUUGAAUGUGAACCGAAAGACUCAAGUACUCAAAUUUGUAAUGGUGUUAUAGAUGCCACAAACGACGAUAGUCCCCAAAUUAUAAGUUCAUUCUGUUACGACGAUAACAAAGAAAGAGAUUACAGAGAUAGUGUCAAAGAAAUUCCUCUCGACGAUCCCGUCUUACAAAAUUUUGUCUUAGAGGCAGUGAAAAAAAUUGAAUCUGAAUCAAAGUCUGAAAACGCUUUGAAAGUAAAUAAAAUUAUUUCAGCUAUAACCCAAGUUACAUCUGGAACACUUACAAAAUUUUCAAUUAUUGUUGAUAAUUUAAAAUGUAAUAAGAGCGUUCCACUAGCCUUACGAACAAAUUGUAAGGUUCUAGAACAAUUGGGAUCACAGAUUUGUGAAAUAAUUGUGCAUGAGAGACAUUGGAUGAAAGAGACGAAAAUAUCAUACUCUUGUACUGACAGACCAGUUGACAUGAAAAUAUCGAAAAAAGUAAAAUCAAUAACCCAAAGUGUUAAUGUAGAGGAUCCAAAAAUUAUCGAAAUGUUGCAAGAAGCCAUACAAUUUUUAGAAACCAAAUCGGAAAAGAAUAACAAGCAAAAGAUUGUAAACGUAACGUCUAUCACUUCUCAAAUUAUUGCUGGCUUUUUAACUAAAAUAGAAUUUGUGGUUGGAUAUACAAAUUGCACAGACGGCAAUGAGUUAGUAGAUGAAUCUAAUAAAUGCCAGUUAUUGAAAGGACAAAAUCUUCGUCUGUGUAAAGCUCAGUUUUGGGAUAGAUCAUGGAUAAUUGAUGGUAGACAAGUUGAAGUUUCAUGCGAUGACGUUAAAAGGAAAAAACGUAAAAGAGAGGCAAUACCGGGUGGUUUGACAGAUCAAAACCCAAACGACCCAAAGUAUCGUGCUUUGGCUGAAGAAUCGUUGCGGAAGUUCAUCGUUGAAUCUGGGACAACGGAACCUCUACGAGUGGUACGGGUGGAAAAAGUAACCACGCAAGUCGUGGCUGGCUCGUUGACUCGCAUCGACUUUGUAAUAUCGGGUGGGCAAGAUAUCAAUAAAUGUCACUCUAAAAUAUGGGAGCAGCCGUGGAUGAAUAAAAAAGAUAUCGAAGUUUCCUGUCAUAACGGUGACCAAAGAAGUAAAAGAGAGACAAUACCGGGUGGUUUGACAGAUCAAAACCCAAACGACCCAAAGUAUCGUGCUUUGGCUGAAGAAUCGUUGCGGAAGUUCAUUACUGAUUCUGGGACGACGGAACCUCUACAAAUGGUACGAGUUGAAAAAGUAACCACGCAAGUCGUUUCUGGAUUGAUGACCCGCAUCGACUUUGUGAUAUCGGGUGGGCAAGAUAUCAAUAAAUGUCACUCUAAAAUAUGGGAGCAGCCGUGGAUGAAUAAAAAAGAUAUCGAAGUUUCCUGUCAUAACGGUGACCAAAGAAGUAAAAGAGAGACAAUACCGGGUGGUUUGACAGAGAAAAACCCAAACGACCCAAAGUAUCGUGCUUUGGCUGAAGAAUCGUUGCGGAAGUUCAUCGUUGAAUCUGGGACAACGGAACCUCUACAAAUGGUACGAGUUGAAAAAGUAACCACGCAAGUCGUUUCUGGAUUGAUGACCCGCAUCGACUUUGUGAUAUCGGGUGGGCAAGAUAUCAAUAAAUGUCACUCUAAAAUAUGGGAGCAGCCGUGGAUGAAUAAAAAAGAUAUCGAAGUUUCCUGUCAUAACGGUGACCAAAGAAGUAAAAGAGAGACAAUACCGGGUGGUUACAGAGAAAACCCAAACGACCCAAAGUAUCGUGCUUUGGCUGAAGAAUCGUUGCGGAAGUUCAUUACUGAAUCUGGGACAACGGAACCUCUACAAAUGGUACGAGUUGAAAAAGUAACCACGCAAGUCGUUUCUGGAUUGAUGACCCGCAUCGACUUUGUGAUAUCGGAUGGGCAAGAUAUCAAUAAAUGCCACUCUGAAAUAUGGGAGCAGCCGUGGAUGAACAAAAAAGAUAUCGAAGUUUCCUGUCAUAACGGUGACCAAAGAAGUAAAAGAGAGACAAUGACGGGUGGUUUGACAGAUCAAAACCCAAACGACCCAAUGUAUCGUGCUUUGGCUGAAGAAUCGUUGCGGAAGUUCAUCGUUGAAUCUGGGACAACGGAACCUCUACGAGUGGUACGGGUGGAAAAAGUAACCACGCAAGUCGUGGCUGGCUCGUUGACUCGCAUCGACUUUGUAAUAUCGGGUGGGCAAGAUAUCAAUAAAUAUAUCAAUAAAUGCCACUCUAAAAUAUGGGAGCAGCCUUGGAUAAACAAAAAAGAUAUCGAAGUUUCCUGUCAUAACGGUGACCAAAGAAGUAAAAGAGAGGCAAUACCGGGUGGUUUGACAGAUCAAAACCCAAACGAUCCAAAGUAUCGUGCUUUGGCUGAAGAAUCGUUGCUAAAGUUCAUCGUUGAAUCUGGGACAACGCAACCUCUACGAGUCGUACGGGUGGAAAAAGUAACCACGCAAGUCGUGGCUGGCUCGUUGACUCGCAUCGACUUUGUAAUAUCGGGUGGGCAAGAUAUCAAUAAAUGUCACUCUAAAAUAUGGGAGCAGCCGUGGAUGAACAAAAAAGAUAUCGAAGUUUCCUGUCAUAACGGUGACCAAAGAAGUAAAAGAGAGACAAUGACGGGUGGUUUGACAGAUCAAAACCCAAACGACCCAAUGUAUCGUGCUUUGGCUGAAGAAUCGUUGCGGAAGUUCAUCGUUGAAUCUGGGACAACGGAACCUCUACGAGUGGUACGGGUGGAAAAAGUAACCACGCAAGUCGUGGCUGGCUCGUUGACUCGCAUCGACUUUGUAAUAUCGGGUGGGCAAGAUAUCAAUAAAUGUCACUCUAAAAUAUGGGAGCAGCCGUGGAUGAACAAAAAAGAUAUCGAAGUUUCCUGUCAUAACGGUGACCAAAGAAGUAAAAGAGAGACAAUACCGGGUGGUUUGACAGAGAAAAACCCAAACGACCCAAAGUAUCGUGCUUUGGCUGAAGAAUCGUUGCGGAAGUUCAUUACUGAAUCUGGGACAACGGAACCUCUACAAAUGGUACGAGUUGAAAAAGUAACCACGCAAGUCGUUUCUGGAUUGAUGACCCGCAUCGACUUUGUGAUAUCGGGUGGGCAAGAUAUCAAUAAAUGUCACUCUAAAAUAUGGGAGCAGCCGUGGAUGAAUAAAAAAGAUAUCGAAGUUUCCUGUCAUAACGGUGACCAAAGAAGUAAAAGAGAGACAAUGACGGGUGGUUUGACAGAUCAAAACCCAAACGACCCAAUGUAUCGUGCUUUGGCUGAAGAAUCGUUGCGGAAGUUCAUCGUUGAAUCUGGGACAACGGAACCUCUACGAGUGGUACGGGUGGAAAAAGUAACCACGCAAGUCGUGGCUGGCUCGUUGACUCGCAUCGACUUUGUAAUAUCGGGUGGGCAAGAUAUCAAUAAAUGUCACUCUAAAAUAUGGGAGCAGCCUUGGAUAAACAAAAAAGAUAUCGAAGUUUCCUGUCAUAACGGUGACCAAAGAAGUAAAAGAGAGACAAUACCGGGUGGUUUGACAGAGAAAAACCCAAACGACCCAAAGUAUCGUGCUUUGGCUGAAGAAUCGUUGCGGAAGUUCAUUACUGAUUCUGGAACGACCGAACAUCUCCAACUAGUACGAGUUGAAAAAGUAACCACGCAAGUCGUUUCUGGAUUGAUGACCCGCAUCGACUUUGUGAUAUCGGGUGGGCAAGAUAUCAAUAAAUGUCACUCUAAAAUAUGGGAGCAGCCGUGGAUGAAUAAAAAAGAUAUCGAAGUUUCCUGUCAUAACGGUGACCAAAGAAGUAAAAGAGAGACAAUGACGGGUGGUUUGACAGAUCAAAACCCAAACGACCCAAUGUAUCGUGCUUUGGCUGAAGAAUCGUUGCGGAAGUUCAUUACUGAUUCUGGAACGACCGAACCUCUUCAAAUGGUACGAGUUGAAAAAGUAACCACGCAAGUCGUUUCUGGAUUGAUGACCCGCAUCGACUUUGUGAUAUCGGGUGGGCAAGAUAUCAAUAAAUGUCACUCUAAAAUAUGGGAGCAGCCGUGGAUGAAUAAAAAAGAUAUCGAAGUUUCCUGUCAUAACGGUGACCAAAGAAGUAAAAGAGAGGCAAUGACAGGUGGUUUGACAGAUCAAAACCCAAACGACCCAGAGUAUCGUGCUUUGGCUGAGGAAUCGUUGCGGAAGUUCAUUACUGAUUCUGGGACGACCGAACAUCUACAACUAGUACGAGUUGAGAAAGUAACCACGCAAGUCGUGGCUGGCAUGAUGACUCGCAUCGAUUUUACCGUAUCUGAUGGAAAUUCAAAAACUAUGAAAUGUCAUUCUGAGAUAUUGCAACAAGUUUGGGUUGGAAGAAAGGAAGUAAACGUUGAUUGUCUUCCUAUUAAUAUUAGAGCACGUAGAGAUUUAGUAAUGCCUCGAGGCUUGGUGGAACAAAAUCUUAUAAAACCAAAGUUCAAUGUUCCGCUUGGAAAGAAACCGAGCCCUGGAAGCGGCACUGAAAUGAGUCUUCAUAACGUACGAGGUAACGAUGAAGAAGAACAAAAUCCAAAUAAACCUGAGUACAAGGUACUGGCUGAAGAAUCCUUAAGAAAGUUUCAACAAAAAAGCACUGUUUAUCAUAAAGUUCUUGAAGUGAAACGGGUUCUCACACGUGUGGUUUCGGGCUUAAAAUAUAACAUAGAUUUUACUGCUGCGCCAACAGCUUGCUCUGUAAACGAAUCCCGCGUGAAUGCUCGCAGAUGUAAGACAGAUGAUGAAAUAAUUCUUUACUGUCAUACAGAAAUAUGGGAUCGACCAUGGUUAAGAAAGAAAAAUAUUGAUGUUCAAUGUAAUGAUCCGUCAGAUGACCGAGAUGAUUUCGUAGAAGAUGAUUCUGAUAUUGCUGAGGUAAAUUCAGAAAAAGAAAGUAAUAAUUCCGAAAACCACAUGAAACUAGCCAAUGCAGCAACUGAAAAAUAUUUAACUGCAUCAAAUAGAAAAUACGUUCAUAAAGUUACAGGAAUCCAAAGUGUAAGUGAACCACAGUUAGAUGGGACAUUUACUAUUGACUUUACUAUAUCACCUACUACUUGUUUAAGAAACGUUACCAAUAAAGAUUCCUGUAAAGUGAAACAACCAGUUGUCGUUUUUCAUUGUAAUGCCAAAAUAAGGAAUUUACCUUCGGGUAAUAAUGAAAAUGAAAUUGAAGUCACUUGUAGAAAGGCUAGUGAGGGAGUAAACAAAAGCAAAAAAGAUAAACGCGACGUAGGUAUUGGAAAUGCCAGACAAACUGUUGAUGAUGCGGAAGAAAUGGAUGAAGAUGUCAUUUAUUAUUACGCUGAUCGUGCUCUUCAACACGUUAACGACAAUUCGCGUUCAAAUAAUUUACAUAAAUUAAUAUCUAUACACGCUGUGCAAAGUAGUGUUCAAAUGGGAGAACGAACUGUAAAAAUGUACAUUGAAAUAGCCGAAACAUAUUGCUUGCGGCAUCACAGAACAAAGGAUCUGAAAAACUGUGAAGAACUUAAUGGUUUAAAUCAUAGGCUAUGUUUGGCUAGAUUAUGGCCUGCACCAGACGAAGAGUUGAUAACAAGACACAUAUCUGUUGUUUGUGAUGAUGAAGAAGAUUUUGUGGCCAUUACCGGAGUCAAUGUUCCUGAACUUUUAAGAUUGUCCUUAAUCGAACUUGAAAGGGCUCCUGGUGCGAAGUACAAACUAGUCCAUCAAGGCGAGCCACAAGUUAUACCUUCGCUCGAUUCCAGACAACCAUUUAAAAUAAAUUUUAUUGUUGCUUAUACAAACUGUUCUAUAGAUGUCGAUUUAGACAAAAAUCCUUUCCAAUGUUAUCUUAAUACUGAAAUACCUUCAAAGACUUGCCACUCCUUUAUUUGGCUGAAGACAGACAUAAGACAUAUUAGUUACAUAAAUGUUAAAUGUGCGAAUUUAAAUCGUUGGAGAAGAUCUACAAAUCAAACGAAUACAACUUCAGAAAAUGGAGAAAUAAAUAGUAUGGUGGCCGCAGCUUUAGAAAAGUUAGAAAUGUCUUCAUUACACAGAUACAAACAGCGGGUGCUGCAGAUAAACAGUCACUCAACUAAAAUAACGUCUGGUAAGGUAACCACCAUCGACUUUGACGUCGGCUACACGUCCUGUUUAAAGUACGAGUGGGUUGAGAACAUAACUAGUUGUGAUUUCCUGGAGCACUUGCCCCGAAGACGUUGCGUGGCGCAAAUAUGGGAAAGAUUGUGGAUAAAGAAUGGACAAAAUAUUGAUGUAAAUUGUGUUGAUGAUGAAACGCCUUUGGAAUCACACAUAGAAUUUGAGAGCGCUGAAAUGGCUAAUGCGUUGGCGAAAGAAGCAUUAAAACACAUUGAAGCAAAAUAUCCUCACCCUAGCAAACAAAAGGUGGUUAGGAUAUUUUCAUUGGAAAAACAAGUAGUUGCUGGCAUUCACUACAAAAUGAAGGUAGAGGUUGGUUUCACAGAUUGCCUUGCUUUAAGCGACCAAACUGACUGCAAGUUACUAAAGGAUCACGGUCUGAACAAGUUCUGUCGUGUAAAUGUUUGGGUGCGACCAUGGACUGACCACCCUCCCAAUUUCAGAGUGUCAUGCGAUUUCCAAGAAGGUGCUACGCAUGACUUAUACCACCACGUGCAAGCGGAACAAUUGUUUUACAACUUUUUGACAACUUACAGUCCCAGCUACGUAAAUGAUUACUCUCAAAUGCAGAAACGUUUUGAGAUAUUUAAAAAUAAUAUAAAGAAAAUUCACGAGUUGAAUGUUCACGAGAAAGGUACUGCUGUAUACGGAGUGACGCGAUUUACUGAUUUGACGUACGAAGAAUUCAGUAGUACAUACAUGGGGUUGAAUACGAAUUUGACUAACGAGAACCAGGUACCUAUGACGAAAGCCGAUAUUCCAGACAUUAAACUACCUGAGGACUUUGACUGGAGAGAGCACGACGCCGUCACGGAGGUGAAGGACCAGGGGCAAUGUGGUAGCUGCUGGGCAUUCAGUGUGACUGGUAACAUUGAAGGCCAGUGGAAGAUGCAGUCAGGACAACUGGUAUCCCUGUCUGAGCAGGAGUUGGUGGACUGUGACAAGCUGGACGACGGCUGCAAUGGCGGAUUACCUGAUAAUGCCUACAGGGCUAUAGAACAGAUGGGAGGUCUGGAGUUGGAGAGUGACUACCCAUACGAAGGUGUGGGUGAGAAGUGUGAGUUCAACAAGACCCUCGCGAAGGUGCAGAUCAGUGGAGCUGUGAACAUCACCACGAAUGAGACUGGAAUGGCCCAGUGGCUGGUGCACAAUGGACCCAUUUCUAUUGGUAUCAACGCGAACGCUAUGCAGUUCUACAUGGGGGGUAUCUCACACCCGUGGAAGAUGUUGUGUAACCCCACCAACUUGGAUCACGGUGUGCUCAUUGUGGGAUAUGGUAUUAAAGACUACCCGCUCUUCCACAAGAAACUACCAUACUGGAUUAUAAAGAACUCAUGGGGCAAGUCAUGGGGUGAACAGGGCUACUACCGCGUGUACCGAGGCGAUGGUACCUGCGGAGUCAACCAAAUGGCAAGCAGCGCUAUCAUAUAAACCAAACCAGUCCAAUUUUGAAGGCAUUUUAUUUAAUUUUGUUCGUAAAUAUAUAUAAAUAUCAAGUAUUAUUUUAUACUUACUAAGGAAAUAUUUCAAAUACAACGACUUUUUUUAUUA